AUGGCGUCAAUUGUGCGCCCCUCGCUGCUGCUGCGGCAGACAGCCCUGGCCUCGCGAUGCGCCGCCCGCAAUGCCUUCGCCAAGCAGCCCGCCAUGAAGGCCGCUGCCCUGCACACGUCCAACAAGCGGUCCGCCAUCCUGCCGCCGGGACCCCAGAGAAUUGAGGGCGGAGUCAACGAUCCCGCGCCCGUCCCCGAACCCAACUCGGCCCACGGCUCCUACCACUGGACGUUCGAGCGCCUCCUCGCCGCCGGUCUCGUCCCCCUGACCGUCGCUCCCUUCGCCGCCGGCUCCCUCAACCCCACCAUGGACGCCAUCCUCUGCGGCACCGUGCUGCUGCACUCUCACCUCGGCUUCCAGCAGGUUCUCAUCGACUAUAUCCCCAAGAAGAGAUACCCCGGCCUCCGCAAGGGCUUCUGGUGGCUGCUCAACGCCGCGACCGUCACCGUCGGCGUCGGCCUGUACGAGUUUGAGACCAACGACGUGGGCGUCACGGAGGCCAUCCGACGGGUUUGGACUGCAUAA